AUGGGCUCUGAGGCACUCGUUUACCCUGCGUUGCGCGCAGACAGAAUCGGUCGAUCACACUACCAUCCCUAUCAUUUCACCGACUCUUUCGAUAAACUACGUCACCAUCUCCCAGCUGCUAUAUCUGUUGCCUGUUAUACCGAUUCUGUGAUUGACCAACCUUGGAAUCACCAACAACCCAACGUCGCUGCCUCUUAUAUGCACCCGCCUUAUUUCCCUAAUGGCCAGGACGCCAACCACCUCCCAUUUCCGCAAGCUGUCUCUCCUUAUUUUGUACCAAAUUAUGAUGCAGAAACAAAGCUCAACGACGAUAUGGACGUAGGCUCCUUCUCUGGCGAUGACGAUGUUGAGGAAUACGAUUCCAACGCCCAACUCCGAUCCCAACAACUCAACUCGGACGGCACACCGAGACGCCCCAUGAACGCCUUCAUGAUUUUUGCAAGGAAACGACGUCCGAUGGUUUCGUCCGAACAGCCAACAAUGCGGACGGGGGAAAUUUCGAAAAUCUUGAGCAAAGAAUGGUCCGAAAUGAAUAAAGAGGAAAAAAAGUUCUAUCUGGACCAAGCCAAGAAGCUCAAGGACACGUUUAAUACGCGUUGGCCAGAUUAUGUAUAUCGUCGCCGCCCGAAUAAUUCUCGUAAGCGGCGCAAAGCUGGUGGCACGUCAAGUGUCGGACCUGCUCGCAGCCACGAUGCUGGGAAUAACUCCGAUAGUCACGCAGAUCCAACCGACCUCAACGCGUCGGGACAAAGUGGCGACGAAGCAAGGUCUCAUUCGACGGACGCCUUUCCAUCUCCACCAUCUUCUCACCAUAAUCACACCUAUCAUACUCCGGAGAUUGGCCAGCCAGUAUCCCUUGACCGUUCCCCAACUCUCGCGAACACGUUAAGCGCAUAUACUACCACAUUACCGCCGUACAUUCCUCAUAGCUUUGCCGAUGGCUCGGUCUUCGACAAGUUUUCUCAGCAAGGCCAUUCAUACGGGGGAAACGGCGAUGUAUACUAUGGUGCACCUGUUCCGAUUGAAGCCUCCUUUUCGACUAUUCACCACAGCCCGAAGAUGGAGAGUUGGCGUCCGUGCGAGAGCACACCUUCUGGCGUAGUGGCCACAACAUCGUCAACGACUCCCCCUGUUCCUAUGACUGCUAUCGCCUCCCAAGAGCUCCACCCACGACUCGCGUACCAGCCUCAUGACCAGGGUAAUUGGUCGAAGGAGGCAGGUGGUGAUGCUCAAUGUUACGAAGCUCAGCCGACGAUAUGGGGCUCGAAUUCUUCAGUUCCAGCCCAUCAUGCAGUUGAUGAUCGAGGAUCAACGCAUUCGUUUUCUCCGUCGCUCAAUUUGUCUGGACCUAACGCGCUUGGCAUGGACCCGUAUGGCAAUCACAAGGGCCAAUUCGAGGAAGACCCUUGCCAGCCAACGUAUAUCGGAGCCAAUCAUACCAACCAAGGAUAUCACCCUUCUACUGCUCUGCCCUCAUUCCGGAAUGAAUUUUCCGAGCCCCAUGACUCCAAGACUUUCCUCGAAUCUCGCCACUGGACGCUCAGGGAGUAA